AUGCCGUGCCAAGUAUGUGGCAGAUUGUAUGACGAGAUCAUCAAACUACACCGAUACAAUGAUCCAAACUGGGAAACAGACUCAGCUAAAUGGUGUACUGACCAUUGGCAAUUUGCCAAAUGUUUUAUGACAACGACAAGUAAAACAUCUAACAAUUCCGCUUCGGAAACAGAUGCCACUGGUCUUCUCGGUGUUAUUAUAAACGGCAUUUUUUUCCAGUCAUACAUCCAGUGUCUUAUAAAUCCUCCAUAUGACACAUUUAGCCAGGCAAAAAAGACAAGAAAUGAUAUAUUGCACAGUUCAUCACAAGAACUUACAGACAUGGAACUAACAAGUUAUAUCCAGAUAAUGCUUUCAGUACUGGAGGACCCAAAUACACUGAUCAACGAUGUUGCAGCAAAAUCUGCCACUGCCAGGUUAAAGCAGAUGAUGAAUGAUCCCUUUGUCAUAACAACAACACAUGAAACAAAGGUAAUAAGUAAUGCACUGAAUGCUAUAAAAGAAGAAAGAGAAAAGUCUGAGGAACGUAUCAGGAACUUAACUGAAGAAAAGAAACAGGCCAUAGAAGAGAAAACCGAGGAAUGUUUAGCUAGGUUUCAAACAGAUGAAAAAGAAAAUUCACCAGAAGCAAAUGCAGAUGCGUCUUCAGAUGCAGACCCUCAUUUACAUAAUCUCAAAACUGCACAGAAGGACCAUGAAUCUAGACUGCAAGCAGUCGAAGCAAAAGUUGACAGCAUGAAUGCAAAUAUAGGAAUUCUUAAGGAACAACUUGCUACAUUAAAAGAGGCCGAGAAACUUCACCAUGAAAGAAACAGCUAUCUUAAAUGUAAACAGGAGUUUCAACAGAAACUGAUACAUCUGUAUCGGAAACACUUCGUUUACACUUCAAUCUCUCCACUGAAGACAGGCAAAUUAUUGCAGAAAUACAUGAAGUUUAUGUCCAUCCUAAAAUGAUCAUAAAGGGAAAACCUGAAAACGAAUAUGAAAGAACAGAAGUAAAUUCUUAUAAAGACAUAUUCAGCAAAGACGGUCAUGCAGCGAAAAAUAUCUACAUUUUGGGAGAGGUUGGGUCUGGAAAAAGCUCAUUCUGUAAAAUGAUGAUAUACAACUGGUGUAAAGGCAAAUCUGAUGAAUGCAAAGAGGACGUGGCAACAUCUCCAGUAAAUAUUUAUGGAACCCCAACAUCUAUAAAAGAUAAUGACCCUGAAAAGAAUGAAAACGUAGAUGUUUCUGAAGGUCAGAUAGAUAAAAAUGUUCAAGAAAUGCAGCAAUUUGACUUCUUGUUCUUCAUAUCAUUGUCCCAUAUGUGUGGAUAUACUGAUAUCCAUGACAUGAUCAAUGUAUCUUAUCAAAGAAUUGCACCAAUUGGGAUAGUUGAUGAAAUACUAAACAACGAAUCUGAUAGAUGUCUGAUUUUGGUUGAUGCACUGGAUGAAUGGACACCGAGACUUAAAAAGUCGUACAAUCCGCCGUAUAUCACACGUGGACUACCAAUAACUGAUCCCUCGAAAAUGUACACCAUAGCCACAAUGUCUCGCCCUUCAGCACCUGGCGUCCUGGACAUACAGUCUACAGAAUUUGAUCAAAAGAUACAUCUUUUGGGUAUUGACAGUAGUUCAACUGAGCAAAUGAUUGAAAAGUAUCUAGUCAAACUUUGUGCAAAUAGAACUCCUGAAGAAUUUCUAAGAAAACUUAAAGAUUCAAAAUUGCAGCAUUUAGAGGAGGUUCCAAUGCUUCUGCAGCAAAUUCUAUGGGUCUUCUGUCAAAAGAAAGAAAUUGGAAAAUCACCAGCUGAAAUCUACUGCAGUAUCCUUAACAUUCUCUUUUCUUGGGCUGAAGAGAAAGGUUUCGAGGAGCAUCAUGAUACAAUAGGUGUUUCGGAAGAUUUGAAACACCUUCAGCUUCCAAAGCUUUUAGAAAAAUACCCUAAAUGUAGGAAACACAAAAAUGUUAUUUUUCUUUUAGGAAAAAUUGCUUUUGAGAUGCAAGCUUCAAAUGAGCAGUCUUCAGUGAUACUCGGUCGCUCAAAGUUAGAGGAGGACCACGGCUUGUCAAUUUCCGACAUAUCUUUCAUCCUCAACCUUGGAUUACUUACCGAGGAUAACUGUUUUGACCCUACAUACGAAAAAUCCUAUUUUAUGUUCAUACACACUUCAUUUCUAGAGUUCUUUGUCUCAGUUUACACAUUACAAGUCAAGUCAGUUAUGUCUCAAGUCGCUCAAACCAACAGUACCUUCGUACACAAAACCCGGCUUUGGAAAACCUGUUUAUGAAGUGUGUUAACGCAAAGGACAUUCUGCAAUUCAGAAACAUAGUGGUAAUGGUGUGUGACCUAGCGACAUGCAUAACAACGAAGCUCUUGCAGCAUAUGUAUGAAAUUGUUUUAGAAGAUAGAGGACUUUCCGAGUACCGAAUGUUAAUGCAUAGACCACAUAUUUACAUCAAUGAAAUAGAAACCUUGGCACUUAUCCAGGAACUUGCGGGACAGUGUUUGUCAAACUGCGUGUUGAGUGGAGAACAUAUAUUGCCAAAAGUGAGUGUCUGUGAUGUAUCCAUUGAACCAGACACUUCUGAAUCAUUUCUGGAACAGGUUGUAACAGACCUUGUUAUAUCACUGACUAUAAGUUACCUUGAUGGGAAACAUUUUACGGACAAUUUGCUUCAAAUUCUAACAGGAUUCAACAAUGUACAGACAAUUAAGUUACAGUACUGCACAUUAUCACAUCAGUUAUACACAGCUUUGUCAAACACCUUAAAGCAAGUAGUGAAUUUAAGAGUAAUAAUACUAGAAGCAAUUGGAUGUGAAAUGCCGAAGUGUGAAGGUCAUGUGAUCAACCUCUCAAAUCAUGACAAAUUGUACAUGCACACUUGUGUUCAAGGACAUCGUUUCAUGUUGCCAGUAUCAACAAAACUAAGCUUCUGACAUUUGAAUUACAUACUGGUCUCCCAGACGAAAUGAUCUGCAUACAGAAAGCCCAAUAUCUUCGCAGACUAAGCCUUAAUGUGAAGGACUUCAGAGCUCGGAAAAGGUACAACAGAAAGAUAAAUGUUAUGCUUCAGUCAUUACCACACCUGCAAGAACUAGAAUUUCUCCGUGUUGGGUUUGAGAAAAAUGCUUUCUGCAUAAGCCCAAAGAUGCAGGACCUAAACACUGUUAAGCUGUUUCGCGCCAAAAUGGAUAUUUCAACAUGGCGUCAUUUAACCAUAAAGCAUCGUAUACAGGUAUUUACAACAGGUAUCCAAAUCCACCGAGUGGGAACUAUUUCUGCCGAGGACUAUGUCAGGAACAACGAAAAGUUUGAACUUUUAUUUCAUGACGAAAAGCAGUUUGAUUUCGCAACAAAACAACGGGAAACAAAGUAAAUCGAGGAAGCUGUCACAGCAUUAUGCUGUUCCGAAAUACUGUUAAACGAUGUGCCUAUCUCAUAUUUAUCUGCUGAAGAUGUCAAUUUGGAAUUGUAAUUCAGAAACUGAGCAUGUGAUGUAACAAAAUAUUAUAUUAUUAAAUUUUAUUUUU